UGUGCGCUAUGGGGGUAGUCGAAGGCACCCGCUUAUGAUUUCCAGUUUUGAAAACCAUGGCGUAUCGUAUUUCAUAAACACCCUGUUCUCCUCAGUUGUCCUGUUAGUCCUGUGUUUAAUGUAAGGAGAAAUUCGAUUCUUUCACGGGUGGAAUAUAGCAACAAAGAUAAAUGGAAAGGAGAAAGAGAUAGUCGGCGACACUUGCCGAAGCACAACUGCAACAAGAAUGGCAUCAAGUUUGUCACAAGAGCGGUUUAACCGCACACCGCGCCGUUCGCAGUCGAUGUACAUAGCCAGAGAAGGGUUAGACGAACCUGACAUACUAAAGAGAAGAGCUCAUUCAACAAGAGCUGGUAGGAAACGUCGCAGAUCAUCGUUGUUCACUGGCAAGUCCAUGCCAAAGAUUCCACAAAUAGAGAACACAGUAAAUAUGUUUGAAAGAGUUAUCAAAGCUCUGAGGGAUUGUGCUGAAAAUGUCAAAGACAGAAUCAAUAAAUCACCUGUAACGGCAAGGAGAGCAUUGGAGCAAAAGUUGAGAUGGUGUGAAGAGAGAUUGGAUCAAGUCGACGGCCUGUGCGAGUUCUACCAACACGAAAUUAAAAUGAGACAAGGUGCAAGAAACCUUGAAACAGCUUUGCAGUCGUAUGGUGUAAAACAUGGUCACGAUAAGUGCAAGUCAAACUAUCGCGAGUCAACUCAGAAUAUGUGUGAGAUUGAGGAAGAAUUCGAACGGCGGAUUGGAAGAUUCAAAGUCCACGUUGACGCACUUGAUGGUUUUGCGCGGCUCUGUCCCGGAGAUAAUUUUGAGGUUUUUGUACGGAAUGCGAUUGGUCGAAAGUGGAAGGCAAAAUGCAAAAUAGAACGAGAUGGUCAGAAAUGGACAGAGAAUCAUAUUGAAGUUAAAGGAUCACUCAAGGAUACCCUCUUUCUAAGGAUUUUCGAAAUCAAAAAGAUCCAAUCAAACACGCAGCUUGGAAGUUUCUCUCUUCGAUUACGUAAUUACAUCGCCUCCUGUCCAAUCAGUCUUUCAAUACCAGUGAACAAGUCCGGAAAUCUUAAACUGAGAGUAACUUUUCAUUGGCAACCUCUCUCGACGAAGGAAGAAAGCAAGUUGAAGAAAUCAAAUCGCGAUUAUCCUCUAUCAGACGUCUACUUCGGCUCUGUUUUGAAUGUCAGUCAUAGCCCCGAGAUCUCCUUUAAUGUACCCGAUAAAGAUAAACCCUCAUCACCCUCUGCCGACCCGGAAAGUAUCGUACUUGGGUAUGAAUCAACGAAAUACAUGGAUCGUUUAGAAAGUCUUACUCAGUCUCUCUCGGAAGAAAGCGACUCGAGAACCUUUUUGGAUUCAUCAUCUUCCAAAGACGACGUUGUUACCUCAGACGAUAGCGAUGAGGCGAAAGUUUCGCCCACUUUCGAUAAAAUCAUUCGAAGACUUUUUGCCGUCCUGGAGAAACAUUUAGCUCAACAUCCUCAACUGCAAGGUUUAUAUGAAAAACUUGAAAAGCUCGAUGAGAUUUUACAGGUUGGUAAAUUAGGAAAGACAAAUUUCUCCGGCUCGGUGGAAAGUGCGUUAGAUAGUUUCAGCUUUCUCGAUCUGACUGAUGUCGGAACGAAACUCGGUGAUGACGUUCGAGCUUCUGAUACGGGAUACUUCAGCAGCACAAAUGACGAUCUGCCCAAGCCGCUCACAUCGCCCGAGGUCAAUCAUUCCAUGUACAUCAAAACAACGCGUUCUCAUCUGGAUGAUGCUUUGGGAACCGAUAAGAACGAAGACAGCAAAUCCCAAUCUUUCCUUUCUUCAUAUGAUAAUGUAGCCGAGGGCGAGCCAGAUGCUUGUUCGUACAAUUUUGAUCUCGCUUCGACCGGAAUCACGAUCAUAGAUAAGGUUUUGCUACAACACUUGGAAUUUUGUCUACAACUAACGAAGGAUUUCGGGUCUGUCGGUCCGCUGAAGUGUAAGGAAACAUCUGCGGUGAUCAAAUUAGAAUGGCAAUGCGGUAUAUUGCAUAAGUUGAUUCAGUUGGCAAACGACGGGACGACUCCCCACACCAUAUCGCAAGCUUAUCCACCAUUGGCUGCUAGCGGUCAUGACGAAAUGCUAUUGUUUUGGGCGGGCCAUUGUGGCAACAACCCUUUGUUUAUGGAAUAUGAACAAUUCAUACAAGCUCUUCGAGAUCAGUUUACAGCAUCAAUCGAUGAAAGGUUCCACUCCGUCUUGGACACUGUUUAUCCCGUUAUAUGCGUGAGAGUCUUGCAAGAAAACGACAGUCUUAUGACGCCGAUCAUUCCUCCCAGAUCUGUGGUUUCCAUUUAUCAAUUUACUGAUUACUUCCUCAUCGAUAACAGGUGGAAUCUUAUUCAAUUUGUGGAAAGUAUCGCCAAAGAAGUGUUGACGUAUGGUCAUUUGAUUAGCGAUAAAAAGUCGGUUGUUUUGACACAGCUUCAAAUGUACAACAAAAUUCCGUUCGAAAAAAGUUGCUGCGUCUGCACAUCGAGGCUGCUUGUUGAUCCUGACUCGGCACUAUCGGCUGCAGCGGGAGUCUACUUCGAAGCACUUUUGAAGGAUGAAAAGAAACGAGCUCAGGCAAUAUCGUAUUGUAUUGAGGCUUUAGAAGACAAUGAAGAAGACCUUAGAAUAGCUGUUUGCCAUGCAUUGAAGAAACUACAGGGAAAGGAAGCCAUUGAACAUUUGUCGUUCCUGGUUAAAUGCGAUACAGAUCGAGUAAAAAAAGCAUCGCAAAUAGCCUUGGCUAGUUUGGGGAACUCAGAGGAAAGUGAUGUUUCGAGUAAGGUAAAGAAUGGAGAUAUUUGGAAUCAAACUAUUGCUAUGUCUGACCUCUCAAAAAGCUCGGAAUUUUAAUCAUGUGCAGAUUGAACGAACGAAUUUAUAAUGCAUGUGCUGUUUCAGAUCUAAUGAAUGAAUUCUACCUGUGCUGGUUCAUUCAAAGAAUCGCAUGUGCUGAGCUAGUUGAUGAGUAUAAUUGAUUCCUUUUAUGGAUUACAUAUGCUAAUCUGAUGAAUAUACAUGUGGUGAUUCAUUUGAUGGAUCAGAUUAGCCUCAAAUAAAUUUAAAUGCGAUGUAAACUGUUCAAACUGUUUUACGUCGCGUACGAGUAAAUGUACGAAAAUGAUAUAAAGAUUUACGUUGCUAAUAUGAGUUCGAUUAUUCAAAUAUGGAUAAUAUAUGCAUGUUUAAAUUAUCCAAAAAUUGUAUUAUUUACUGUUGAAGUUAUAAAUAUAUAAAGCGAUUUUAAGAAAAAGCCCUCAAUAAAGUAAUGUUAAAUAUAUUUAAAAUUACAAUCUUUCAAAUACAUUGCAAUUUUCAUCGUCUUAA